UUUUUUUUUUUUUUUUAUAUGGAUAUGGAAAUCCAGAACCCGAAUACGAUAUAUUCUUUCUUUUUGUUUUUUUUUAAUACAUAAUAUCAUAUUAUAAAAAAAAAUAUGGGUAAAAAGCCAUUUAUUAAUAGAAAAACAGCAAAGCAUUAUCAUGUUGUACACAGAUCUCAAAAGGAUCCACUUAUUAAUGACUCUGAAGCAUCUGAUCGUGUUCUUCAAGAAGUCUUGCCUAGCAAUCAACUAAAGCAUAAAACUCAGGAAGAAAUAGAUCGAGUUAAAGCAAAACCUAAAAAAUUGACACAAGAUGAAAUUGAUCAACGUAUUGGUCAAGCAGCUAUGUAUGGUAUUUUUUUUGAUGAUGGUGAAUAUGAUUAUCUUCAACAUUUAAAACCUAUUGGUGGUUCUACGGAUGCCGUCUUUUUAGAAGCACCCAAGAAAGAAAAACCAAAGACGAUCCAUGAUGCCUUUCUCAAGGAAGAGGAUGAAUAUAGAGAACAGAAAAACUCUAAAUUAAUUCAGCUACCCUCUGAUGUUUUGCCUUCCUCUGUGGAAAUGGCGGUAGGUGUCAUGAAUCAAUCCACUGGUCUUGAUAAUGGACUUCAGCCCGAUAUGGAUCCUCGAUUACGUGAAGUCCUCGAAGCUCUCUCUGAUGAUGAAUUUAUUGAUGAUGAAUUGGGCGAUGAUUUUAUUGAGCAAUUAAAUGCUGAUGGAGAACCCUAUGACCCUGAGGAGGAUGAUGAUUAUUUUGACUCAGAAGUGGAGGAAUAUGAAGAAUAUGAAGAAUAUGAUAAUGAGGAGCAACAACAAGAAGAAGGAGAAGUAAAUGCAGAAAAUUAUGAUUGGGAAGCAGCAUUUAAAAAAUUCAAGUUAAGCCAAAAUCGUAAUGCAGGAUCUGACGAUGAAUCUGAUAAAUUUGAUCGAUAUACAAAACAAACAGGAUACUCGGUAUCAUCUUCAGCUAUGCAUCGUAAUACACAACUUCGUUUAUUAGAUGAUCGAUUUGAAAAGAUUGAAGAAGAAUACAUGGAAGAUGAAGAUGAAAGUGAAGAAAUGAAUGAGGAAGAAAUUCAACAAAGAGAAGACUUUGAGUCUAUUUUAGAUGACUUUUUAGAAAAAUACGAAAUCAUAGGACGAAAGAUGGAACCAAAGAUGGAAGGAGAAAGUUCAGCAGCUAAAUUAGAUAGUUAUCGUCAAGGCUUAAUAAAACCAGAUGUUCAGCAGUUAGAAGAACAGCAUGAACCAUCUAAACCACGCUUGACUCGUGCUUUACUCGAGCCUCGUUUAGAGAGACCUGUACAAAGACAAAAGGAGAGUUGGGAUGUACAGACGAUUAUUUCAACCUAUUCCAAUUUAGAAAAUCAUCCUUCAUUAAUUAGUGAUAAGGGACCAUCAAAGAAAAUUCGUAUCGAUCCCAAGACUGGUAUGCCUAUUUUAGUAGAAGUAGAGCGUAAGCAAAAAAAGAAGCAAGUAGAAGAGGAAGAAAAUAGCGAAGAAGAAGAAGAAGAUGAUGAUGAUGAAAAUAUAUCUGCAGAAAAUAGAGGAGUAGCAAGAUUAAAAGGAGAAACAAAAGAAGAAAAGAAAGCACGAAAACAAGCAGUAAAAGAAGCAAAAAAGGUAAUAAUAAUAAUAAAGAGAGAGUGUGUGUGUGUGUGUUUCUACAAAUAGUAACAAAUUUUAUAAUAUUAGAAUCGUCGAGAAGAAAAGAAAUUAACAAAAUCUGCCUUUAAAAAAGAAGAAAAUCGACAAAAGAAAAUCCUUCAACAACAACGCCAAGCAAAAGGUGCUACACAUAUUCCCUAAUUAUAGAGUAUUUAAUGAUAUCAUGUAUAUAUGUAGUUGUAGGGAAAUAAAUACAUAUAAAGAAAAAAUAAGUCUAUUUUUGUAUGCAUUCGUGUUUAUUAUACAUAAAAGAAUUCUAUCUUUUAAUAUCCCUCCCCCAUAUUAUAUGUUACUAUUUUUUUUUAUUGUGGGCAUAAUGAGUAUUAAAGAAAAGUCUUUCUU